AUGGGCUCUGAUUCAGAGCCCCAUUAUAGAUCACAGUGGAUGCUCACCGAAUUCAUCUCACAAGGCUUUCUGCCUGAGAAAUUAGGCCAAAACACGAGCCAAUCAGCUAGCACGCCCGUGCUGCCUCCUGCCUCCCACCAAAGCCCAAAGCCCAAAGCCCACUUACUCAUCUUGCCCCUCCCGCUUCUACCAAACUCUCCCGACUCUUUCUUCUCCCUAACAACGUCACCAACACAAAUACCCGCAAACUCCAAAGACUUUGCAGCCUCGCAAACCUCGUCGCUAGACAUCCUCAUCGCUUACACACACUACUCGAUAUCUUCACAGCGAGGCGCUAUAUUGCCAGCGGUCGCUGAAAACAUCCUCCUCCCCCUUACAAAACCCAUUUCCCAAGGUAACCCCAGUACCUCCGAGUUUAUGUCCAUCGAAAAUCUCAAGACCUACGCUGACCAUCGCGACCUAGACCCCUUCGCCGAAGCCGACGAGGACACCGGAGAAACUAAGCAGACGCAGAAUUACAUCCAUAUACGCAUUCAGCGUGGCAUCGUUUUCGCGCAUAAUGCUAACAUGGUUCUAGAGCGUAAUGGACGUAAGACUUUGACCACUGUUCAGGGUCUCCCCAAGAAAUUUGACCAGAAGAAGAUUCUUAAGGUCAUCAAGAAGAAGUUUGCCUGCAAUGGCACUAUCGUCAACGACUCCGAGAUGGGAGAGGUGAUCCAGCUCCAGGGUGAUCAACGCAAAGAUGUUCAGGAAUUUCUCAUCGACAAGAAGGAAGGCCUCGAGCUAGAUGCCAAGACCAUCAAGGUCCACGGUUUCUAA